AUGCAACAAGAGUUUCCUGAGGUUUCCCAAAGCUCGCAAGUCAUCAGCACCCUCGUCUCGCCCCAAACUCCCUCCCAACAUGGCUUUCACCAGCUCGAGCAUGGCGGCUCUGACCGUGGUUGCGACUCGCGGAGCUCCUGCAGCACAUCGCCACCCUCUGCCUGCAGCCGCCGUGUUGAUGACCACGAGUAUGGACUCGAUUCUGCGGACGAUGUCGAUUUCGACCGAUUCGACGACAAAUUACACGGACUGAGCGUGCAGGACCCUCCUCUCUUGUCCCCUGGUCAGCGUAUUUCGGAAUAUGAAAAUGCAUUGUCGCCUUCGAUGCCACGACAGGCAAUGGGUUUCAAGGUCGUGAAGCGUGUCACCCCGUCUUCAGACGGACCGCAGCUGGCUGAUUUCCCCAAUGAGAUUUUGACGCACAUUCUCUCGCAUCUGCACCCCGAUUCUCAUACCGCCGUUGCCUUGGUAUCGAAACGCUUUUAUGGUUUGGUUACAACUUCGCAUGCGUGGCGUAUGGCGUUCCAGCGUUUCUUUCCUGGCCAUGAUACUCUUCUGCUGCCCGGGAAAUCAAAUGGAGUUCUAGACGACGAUGACGAAUUCAUUCGGUCCGAGACUCGCUUCUUUACGCCCCUGACAGCCGAUGCUUCAUGGCGCAGCGAAUAUCUUCUUCGUACUCGUCUGCUACGAAGUCUUGCUAGAGGCAAGCCCAGCAGUUCGCGUGGUAUCGGAUCUUCCACGCGCAACGCGCACGUUGGAAAGAAAUUGAGCGCCGUGUUGACGUAUAACACAAAACUACCCUCCAUGGUCACCAACGCUCAUGCUACAUUUGCUUCAAGCGCCAAGAAACCGCCUCGGGUGAUACAUGGCGCAGCAGAUUUGAACGCCUGCAGUGCCAGUGAUCCAACCAUCGGAAAAGUAGAGAAGUGGGGUCUCGACGACCCUUUCACCUUUUCCCAAUUCGAUGAGGUCGUGCCCCAGAUUUUGCCCUAUGGCGUGGGUGAGGGCCCAGCUGCGGUGCCAAAUGUUAUGGAUGCCAGUCAGCCAUUUGGAGUCGUCGCUGGAGAGGGCUUUCCGGGCGGGCGCGCCUUCUUCCGCCCAUCAACAAUCUAUCGGGGCAAAUAUCUCAGUCCAGACUCGAGCAUGGCCGACGCUUACCCGGAUAUCCCCAAGAUACCAGAACUCUCCGAAGGUAUCUGCUCAGUCUGGAUCGCCAAGUCUGCCGCGGUGCCCUCUCUUACCCAAACCAUGAUGGGGAUUCUGACAGGCUCUACUUUGGGUGUGAUUACUGCGUAUGCUUUGGCAACCGAAUCUACCGGAGCUCGUUUCCCGACGGGCCAGAUCACUGCUCGCUGGGCUUUGAGUCCAGGAGUUCCAAUCAUUGCAAUUCAAGUUGAUGAAGCCUACAGCCAGAAGCGAAAAGCCGCCAAUCGUGUUUUCGCGGUUGCCUUAAACGCACUCGGUGAGGUCUUCUACUUGACCCAGCCGCCAACACCUCUGGUCCACAGAUCCAAAGCUGAGGAUGCAACAAAAUGUGCCUGGUACGCUGGUCGAUCCACUUACUGGCACCUGGUUGAAACCACUCGUCGCCAGGCACGGCCUGAUGAAUGGGAAAAGAAUGCGCUUCGAGGCACAUAUUCACCGCGGUCUCCGUCCAAUGCCAUGGACCUGAAUAAAAACCAACUCAUUGCAGAAGCUCGAGAGAUCGAGAAAUUCUUACGCUACCAGCCAAGCCAUUUCCGUAAGGUGUGUACUGGCUGGGACAUGCGUCGCAAACUUGAGGUGGACUUUUCUUCUGUAACUGCAGAUGGAGCAGGAGAGGCUAUCUUUGUUAUUGAGUGUAACCAUGACGAGGAACAGCUGGCUUCGAUAACUCGCUUUUCGCGUGUUAUCACUGGUGAAGUGGGCUUGGCAGAUAUUACACCAGAGGCCGAGACUGCUCCAGUACCAUCUCUGUUUGGUGACGGUGUGGUCGAGUCAACUAAGCCGAAAUUUUCAGAGCCUCAGCAGACCGUGGCAUCCGGAACACAAUCACCAAUGACUUUAGGAGUGGGCAAACCCCAUGAUUGGCAAGAGACGAGGCUCUUGAUGCCCAAUGAUGCCGUCAGGAUAACCACUACUGCCGUCGAUAUGUCACUGUUCGCCACUUCGACGUCAUCAGAGAAUGCCUCGAAGGACGGUACAAGCGCAUUAUCAGGUUCUACAACGCCUACCAAGCAAGCUGCGGCAGACAUUCCUGGCCGAUGGGCAAGGAUGAUUGGUGUUGGCACCAGCGUGGGCUCUGUCUGGCUCUGGAACAUGAGGGCCGGGCACCUUGUUGACGGUAUCAAGCCCGUCCGAAUCAUUCAAACCGAGUCACCUGAAAUAUCUUGUCUGGCCAUCUCCGCCUUAUACUUGGUUCAUGGCGGUAGCGAUGGUCUUGUGCAAGCAUGGGACCCUUUGGCAUCCACCUUGGAUCCUAUCCGGACCCUGAAUGCGCGCUCGAUGGGCCGCGUACCGCGUAUGGUGCUUUCAGCAAACCCAAAUUUACGGCAUAGCGCUUUUGCUUCUGUCGGUGCCCUUUAUUUGGAUCCGGACCCAACUGUACUGAGGGGUAUCGUAUGCUUUGGCACAUUUGUGCGAUACUGGGCCUACAGCUCCACGGGCCAACCAACAGGCCGAAGACGCCGUCUUCGUCACUCGGAAAUCCAUGGCCGCGCCGACAGCAGCCGGCGGGUCACCGGAGGUCUCAAAGGGUACAUUGCCGCUGAAGCUGAAAUGAUACGGGUAGAGGAACAUCGCAAAGCCCAAGAGCAAGCACAUCUCCGUUCACGAUUUGGUGUCGGCUUGGCCGAUCUAACUGAAGAAGAAGCACUGCAAUAUGCGGAGAUGAUAUCUCAAGAAACAUUCUUGCUUGAUGGGCAUCGUCGAGUCAGCGCCAGCGAGACUGGUUCUGCUUUUGACACUACUUCAACGAGCGGGCGCAGUCUUGACACCGUCACGCCCGAUCCCAGUGUCACAGGUCUUAGCCCGCCAACUGCGAGCAGCAGCAACGUGCCUCCUCCUCAAGCUCUGAACGACGAGAGUGAUUUUGAACUGCAGAUCCAGCAAGCCUUGCGACUUUCUUUGCUCGAAGAUGUCAAUGGCGCAGACCAGUCCCCCAAGGGCAACAGCUCUGGUGACUUUGGGUUUCCAGUAACCUACUCUGAGAAACGCGGUAAACAGACACCGUCGACGCCAUCAACGAGCCACACACCAAUGGUUCAGCCUGGAGCUAAUUCUUCUCUUGAAGCAUUGAGUCCCGACAUGGACGACGACCUGCGUCUUGCAUUGGAACUGAGCCUGGCUGAGGAAGAAAGCCGAAAAUCCUUCCAGCAGAAUCAAGGAGGCAGCGAUGAUGAAUUUCCAGCUCUAGUUGCAGGUGGCAAAGGCAAAGGCAGAGCUUGA